GCUAGUAGUGCAGCAUGGCCACGGUGGGGAGCGGCUCGCAGGAGAGCCUGCAGCUCCUGAGAGGUCCGCCGCUGACGGAGGCGGAGGAAGCGGGGGCGGAGCUGCCCCUGGCGCCUUUCCUCGUCCAGAAGCUGGCCGCCUACGGAGACCGCCUUCUGCAGGUUGUUGUCGGCCAAGAGUCACGGGCAGACUGGGUGCUGCGGCAGGCGGCGGCGGAGCUUUUGGCACUGCAGAAGGCUGUCCCCGGCCUGCGGGAGGGCCACACGGUCGCCAUCUGCUCCAGGAGGUCGGCGCUCUUCCUGCCCGCCAUGGUUGCCACACUGUGCUCCGGAGCCGUCUGUGCAGUCGUCAACGCCGACCUCCCUCUCGAGAGCCUGCGCCGAGUGCUACAGGAGCUGAACCCCUCAGCAGUGAUGUGCGAACCGCCGACCACCGAGUCCGCUUCAGCCGCCAGGCCGACUGGUUGCCCACUCCUGGUACUGGGGACCGCCAAGGCCGUACCUGAUGCCCAACAGGUGCUGCUGACUAGUGCCCAGGGGCUGCAGGGAGACGGCAUGAGCCCAGCGGUCGCACUCCUCACGUCUGGGACCACGGGACACCCCAAGGUCAUCCGGAUACCUCGUCGCAAUAUUGCUCUAUUAAUCCACAUUCUCAAUCGCAGCGGUGCUCCUUAUGGAGGAGAGGACGUCACCUUAUUCACGACGGGGUUCUACUGGAUAAGCGGAAUAGCGUUCACAGUGUGGUGUGUGGGCACCGGGAUGAAAUGCAUUGUGACGUCAGAGUUCAGUCCUGAAGCUGUUCUGGAAGACAUAGAGAGAUACAAGCCCACGUGUGUAGGAAUGCCGCCCAACCACUGGGUGCUGCUGGUUCGCCAUUCUCCAGAAGGUCGGUUGCGGUCGGCUCUAUCUCAGGUGCGCGUGUGCAUCACGGGAGGCGCCGCUCUCAACGCUGAAACUCAACGUUGGAUUGAGGGACGCACAGGCCGGCCGCUGAAGCAGUGGUACGGCCAGACGGAGGCAUUCCCGGCCUCCAACGUCCUGCUCAGCCACUCGCCUCCGCCACCCGGCUCUGUGGGCCGCCUCGAUCCAGGGGUACAGGCCAAGGUGGUGGACUUAGCGACCGGGAAAUGUCUUGGUCCAGGAGUCGACGGCGAGCUGUGCUUCAAAGGGUGGACCGUCGCCAAAGACUUCGCGGACGAGGAGGGCUGGAUCCACAGUGGAGACGUGGGACACUACGACGAUGAUGGCAACUUUUACGUCGCCGACAGAAUUAAGGAACUCGUCAAAUACCGAGGCGUACAUGUGUCGCCGUCGGAGCUGGAGGCGUGGCUGCAGGGACACCCGCAGGUGACGGAGGCGGUGGUGCUGGGCCUGCCGCAUGACGAAGACCAGGAGCACCCAGCCGCUUUCGUCGUGCUGGCCCAGGGCGCCACCGUAACUCCAGAGGAACUGAAGCAACUGGUCCAAGAGCAAGCGUGUGGCAGCGAGGAGAAGCUGCUACGUGGGGGCGUGUUCGUACUGGAUUCCAUUCCUCGCGUGCCUACGGGCAAAGUGAGCAGAGGUCAGCUGCGAAGCAGUCUUCAGGAGAGAAUCACAAAGGACAUCUAGCCACUCGUCAAGCUUAUCAGCUGCAUCUGCUGGUGUUUACUGUACACCACACAGUAAAGUACAUUACUAUGCUA